AUGGAUCAAACGAACACCAAAUCUUCCAGUACCAACAAAACGGGCUAUUGUCUUCCAACCAUCUCCAAUCGAUCCGCAAUGGGUGACUUCAAGCGUGUAAAGAGCGCUAAAGAUUUAUUAGUGAGCUCAAGUUCGGAGGAUGGAAGCAAAAGAAAAAAGAAUCCACAAGUGGUGUGUUUCGGAGAACUUUUGAUCGAUUUUGUGCCCACAGUCUCCGGUGUUUCACUGGCGGAGGCUCCGGGAUUCAAGAAAGCUCCCGGCGGUGCUCCGGCGAAUGUUGCAGUUUGUGUAUCAAAAUUGGGAGGAUCUGCAGGUUUUCUUGGCAAGGUUGGGGACGAUGAAUUUGGUCGCAUGUUGGCUAACAUCCUCAAAGAAAACAAUGUCGAUAACACAGGAAUGAGAUUUGACAAACAUGCAAGAACCGCAUUGGCAUUUGUAACCCUAAGAUCCGAUGGAGAGCGUGAGUUCAUGUUCUUCCGCCAUCCAAGUGCGGAUAUGCUUCUCACAGAGGCAGAACUCGAUACAGAUUUGAUCAAAAAGUCAACAAUCUUUCACUACGGAUCCAUUAGUUUGAUUGAAGAUCCAUGCAAAUCAGCUCACUUAGCUGCAAUGAAAAUUGCUAAAAAAGCAGGAUGCAUUCUUUCAUAUGAUCCUAAUUUGAGACUACCUUUAUGGCCAUCACCUGAAGCUGCUCGAAAAGGCAUCAUGAGCAUUUGGGAUGAAGCAGAUGUUAUCAAGAUUAGUGAAGAUGAAAUUGAGUUCUUGACUAGAGGUGAUGAUCCCUAUGAUGACAAAGUUGUCUUGACCAAGCUUUUUCACCCAAAUCUUAAGUUGUUGAUUGUCACUGAAGGUCCUAAUGGCUGUAGAUACUACACCAAGGAUUUUCAUGGGAAAGUUGGUGGUGUUAAGGUGAAGUGUGUUGAUACAACGGGUGCAGGUGAUGCUUUUGUUGGAGGACUCCUUCUCAAUUUAGCUGCAAAUACUCAAUUAUUCAAGGAUGAAAAGAAGCUGAGAGAUGCAUUGAGGUUUGCAAAUGUUUGUGGGGCCAUUACAGUUACAGAGAGAGGAGCGAUUCCAUCAUUGCCUUCGAAGGAAGCUGUUCAUAAGAAGCUGGAGGAAUCAGAAUCUAAAUAA